CACCGUACAAUGGAGCUGAAAAAAUCGCCUGAUGGUGGAUGGGGCUGGGUGAUUGUGUUCGUCUCCUUCUUAACUCAGUUUUUGUGUUAUGGAUCCCCGUUGGCUGUUGGAGUCUUGUACAUAGAGUGGUUGGAUGCUUUUGGUGAAGGGAAAGGGAAGACUGCAUGGGUUGGAUCCCUGGCAAGUGGAGUCGGGUUGAUUGCAAGUCCUAUCUGCAGUCUGUGUGUCUCAUCGUUUGGAGCAAGACCUGUCACAAUCUUUAGUGGUUUCAUGGUGGCUGGAGGCCUAAUGUUAAGCAGUUUUGCCCCCAACAUCUACUUUCUGUUUUUUUCCUAUGGCAUUCUUGUAGGUCUUGGAUGUGGUCUGUUAUACACUGCAACAGUGACCAUCACAUGUCAGUAUUUUGACAGCCGCCGCGGCCUUGCACUUGGCCUGAUUUCAACAGGCUCCAGUGUUGGCCUGUUCGUCUAUGCAGCUCUUCAGAGGAUGCUGAUAGAGCUGUACGGACUGGAUGGAUGUCUGUUGAUCGUGGGCGCGUUAGCCCUAAAUAUAUUGGCCUGUGGCAGUCUGAUGAGACCCCUCCAACCCUCGGAUGGUCCAUUGGCAGAAAACGGAGCUCUGGGAAAUAUCCCAGAUAGAUACUCCAUUUACAGUGAGAAAGAAAAGAACCCAGAAGAAAACGCAAACAUCCUCGAGAAGAGCUCUAGUUGCGAGGAAAAGGGCAAGAGCCCCCUGGUCCCUGGGGGCUGCCAGCAGGAGAGUCUGCUUCACAAAGCACCCAGCACGAUGACAUGCACAAAAGAGCCCGAGACGUACAGAAAGAAAGUUGCCGAACAGACUUAUCUUUGCAAACAGAUUGCCAAGAGGAAGUGGCAAUUAUAUAAAAACUACUGUGGAGAAACUGUGGUUCUUUUUAAAAACAGGGUCUUUUCAGCGCUCUUCAUCGCCAUCCUGCUUUUUGACAUUGGGGGGUUCCCACCUUCCCUGCUCAUGGAAGAUGUAGCAAGAAGCUCAAAGAUAGAAGAAGAGGAGUCCUUCAUGCCUCUGAUUUCCAUUAUAGGCAUAAUGACGGCAGUUGGCAAACUCCUUUUAGGAAUACUGGCUGACUUCAAGUGGAUUAACACUUUAUAUCUGUAUGUAGUUACCUUAAUAAUCAUGGGCCUGGCCUUGUGUGCAAUUCCGUUUGCCAAAAGUUACAUCACUUUGGCAAUCCUUUCUGGAAUCUUAGGAUUUCUUACUGGUAAUUGGUCCAUCUUCCCUUAUGUGACCACAAAGACUGUGGGAAUUGAAAAAUUAACCCAUGCCUAUGGAAUUUUAAUGUUCUUUGCUGGACUCGGAAACAGCCUUGGGCCACCAAUUGUUGGUUGGUUUUAUGACUGGACCGAGACCUAUGACCUCGCCUUUUACUUCAGUGGCCUCUGUGUGCUGCUAGGAGGGCUGAUUCUGCUGCUGGCAGCCUUGCCCCCUUGGGAUCCAUGCAAGAGAUCACUCCCCAAGCCAGCUCCAGCCACGUUUCUAUACAGAGUUGCCUCUAAUGUUUAAAGGACUAUU